UGUAGGGAGAAACUUAACUGUCAUUUAUUAGGAGGUUAUGUUUCUAUAUAGAGUAGAGAUUAUUUAGUCCCCUAAAAUGAAAUUGAUUUUAAAAUGAACUAUAUAAAAGCAUAUAAUAGUAACAAAAACCAACAAAAAAGCGAGAAAGAAAGAGCUAUUAACUACGUUCGUGACAUAACCUCUUUACCAAAGAACCUUUAGGAAAAUUCCCUUUGAAACCUAGUGUAUGACUUAAAACCUACGAAAAAUGUACAGGAGACUACUGUGUAGUAGAUUACCAUUAGCAUUAGUAAAACGGGAGUGUUACCUACAAGAUGUUAAAAGCAAUCAGUUAAACCCAUACUGUCAAUGGGCAAGGCAUAUAUCAAUGUCAGUUGUGUGCUGGAAGAAGAGAAGAACAGAGGAAGAAAGGGCAACUGCAAGUCAAGGCAGGUCAGCCAUCAGAUAUUCACCUAAAGGUGGAUCAGAAGUGGUGGGGAUAUGGCGCAACAUGACCGUUCAGGAUGUGGCCAAUGUGCUUAAGAAGGACUUAGACCAUGUGUUCAAAGCGCUAGAGUUUGCAGACAAAACAUCCAACAUUGUCUAUAAAGAGAACACAGUGAUACACAAUCCACAGGUUGUAAGAGACAUUAUCAAAAUAUCAGGCUGCAGGUUCAAACUUGUGGCGAAUCCUGAGAAAGAGAUUGAAGAAGAAGAGAACCAUGACGCAGUGCCGGCGCCCCCACCGCCACCGGAGGCGCUGCGGCCGCGCCCGCCGGUGGUGUGCGUGAUGGGGCACGUCGACCACGGGAAGACCACGCUGUUAGACUCGCUGCGAGAUACUGCUGUGGUGGACACUGAGUUUGGGGGCAUUACACAACAUAUUGGAGCUUUUGAAGUAAAACUUCCCACUGGCGAGAAGGUGACGUUCCUGGACACGCCGGGGCACGCGGCCUUCACGGCCAUGCGAUCCCGGGGGGCUCACGCUACCGACAUCGUGGUGCUCGUGGUGGCCGCUGACGAUGGAGUCAUGGAGCAGACGCUCGAGUCCAUCCGCAUGGCGAACGAGGCGGGAGUGCCCAUACUGGUGGCGGUGAACAAGGUCGACAAGCCAGGUGUGAACAUUGAAAGAACCCUCAGAUCUCUAGCCCAGCACGGCAUCGUAUGUGAGCAGCUGGGCGGAGAUGUCCAAGCGAUACCAGUCUCUGCCCUGAAGCGUCAGAACCUGGACACGCUGGUGGAAGCUCUGACGCUGCAAGCUCAGCUAAUGGAGCUGAAGGCGGACCCUGGGGGGUACGUGGAAGGCGUCGUGUUGGAAGCGCAAGUCGACCCCAAGGCUGGCAAGCUGGCGACAGUGUUGGUACAACGUGGUACGUUGAGACGCGGCUGCGUGCUGGUGGCUGGCGCCGGCUGGGGGAAGGUGCGAGUGCUGAAGACGGCAGAAGGUCGCACGGUGGAGGAGGCGCCGCCCUCCACGCCGGUCUCCGUGCUGGGCUGGAGGGACCUGCCCUCCGCGGGGGAUCAGGUGCUGGAGGUCAGCUCGGAGAAACAUGCCAACAAAGUGAUGAAAUGGCGUCACAACCAGCGCAUGAAAGAGAAGCAAGACUCAGACUACGAGGUGAUCGAGGCGAAGACUGCGGAGUACAGGCAGGAGUACCGCGCGAAGCUCAUGAAAAAGAGGACCAUGGGACGAUUCAGACUGAGGCCAGAGGGACCGCGCCAGAAGAUGAUACAGGAGGAUACGCAUCCCACGCUUAGUGUUAUUGUUAAGGGCGACGUGGACGGCUCAGUGGAGGCCAUAUUGGAUAUUCUGGAGACGUACGACGAAAACGACAAGGUCAGGUUGGAGCUGGUGCACUUCGGGGUGGGACAGGUCACGCCCAACGAUUUGGAGAUAGCGGAAGCGUUCGACGCGUUGAUCUACGCGUUCAACGUGGAGUGUGCGGCGCCGCUCGCCGCCGACGCCAAGAGUAAAGGCAUACUCGUCAAGCUGCACAACGUCAUCUACAAACUCGUCGACGACGUCAAGGACGAGCUCAGCCUCCGGAUACCCACCAGGCAGGAGGAGGAGGAUAUCGGUGAAGCCAACGUCCUGCAGCAUUUCAUGGUCUCUGAGGGUAAGAAGAAGGUGCAGGUGGCGGGGUGUCGCUGCUCCAAGGGGACCCUCGUCCGCAACGCGCUCUACAGGAUCAUUAGGGGAGGCGAGGUCGUUUAUGAAGGUAAACUAGCAUCAAUGAAGCAUCUAAAAGACGAAGUAAACACGAUCAAGCGCGACAUGGAGUGUGGGCUGCGCUUCGAGGAUCCCACAUUCGAAGUGAAGCCGGGGGAUACUGUAGUAUGUUACAAGAAGGUGGACGUCAACGACAGAACCGGCUGGGACCCCGGCUUUUAACGACGCACAGUAGUUAAUAUAUUUAUUAGAACA